AGAUGCAUCACUCCAUACGCGCGCCCAGCUGCCAUUAAUGUCUGUGGGGUUCUACAGAUGUUGCACCGUGUGGAAAACAGCAGGAGCAUCAAAACAACACCGGACAUGUAGCCUAAGGCAUUCAUGUGAUGUUUUUCCCUUUCUAAUAUCAUAAUAACAUCAUAAUAACAUCAAACGAGGACAGAAUUUUGCAUAGUUCUUCAUGCAUCAAGCUGAUGCAGUUAUUUGACCGGUUUCCACAUUUUGUUGGGAAUCAUCUGAUAAGAAAAGUGAUGGACCUUUUGCACUUAAAUCGACCUGUGCGCGUGAAACCAGAUGCAGCUGCUUGCAUUAAGGUGGGAAGUGUCGACGGGGAGUUGAUGUCUGUUCAUGUUUCUUUCGGGUCAUGUGGAGGCUGCUAAAGAUGGGUCAUGCACAUGGGAAUUGAUUUUCCUGCCGAACAACAGUCCGCCCCUCUGAUUUACUGCCUGCUGGGUGUUUACAUUCAGCCUGCCGCCUCCACUGGAACGGAGCCAAUCUCCGAAAUUGACCAAUAUUUCCCCAAAAUGAAUUUCGACCAGAUUCUCUCUGCCAUCGGAGGCUUCGGCAAGUUUCAGAAAAUUUUGUACAUAUGGAUUUGUUUACCCCAGAUCCUCCUCGCCUUCCAUAUGAUGGUGAGCAUCUUCACCGGAUCGACGCCGACCUACCACUGCCGGGAGAGCUCCGUCUCAGUUGGCGGGAAUCAGUCCUCUCUCCCCGGCACACUCAGCCUGAACUUCAGCCUCUCGGAUUCCUCCUGCUUCUCUUCUGACGGUCAACUGGAGGGGAACCGGACUGAGCGCGUGCCAUGUGGCCACGGAUGGGUGUACAGCGAGGAGACCUUCCAGAGCACAACAGUCACCGAGUGGGACCUGGUGUGUGACAAAGCUGGACUGAACAGUCUCGGUUCGUCUGUCUACAUGCUCGGCCUGUUGGUGGGAUCGGUGCUGUUUGGGGCCAUGGCCGACAAGUAUGGCCGACGCUUCGUCCUGCUGCUGUGCAUCGCUCUUCAGACUGUGUUUGGAGUCGCUGUGGCCUUCGCACCCAACUUCCCCGUCUAUGUGAUCCUUCGCUUUUUAGUUGGCACCACGAUAUCUGGAGUCAUCAUCAAUGCCUUUGUACUUGGCAUCGAGUGGACAUGCACCAAGAGGCGCCUGCUCGCCGGUAUCCUCACCGACUACGCGUUUGGUCUGGGCUACAUGCUGCUUGCAGGCGUAGCAUACUUGAUACGAGAUUGGAGAAAGUUGCAGUUAGCCAUAUCAGCCCCAGGAUUCCUGCUCAUCUUCUAUAUAUGGGUGCUUCCUCAGUCUGCCAGAUGGUUGUUGGCCAACGACAGGACAGAGGAAGCCAUCGCACUCCUCCGCAAGGCAGCACUCGUUAACGGCCGCGUCUUACCUCCUGCUGUACAGGUUGAAAAAUGUCAGAUUUUAGGUGGAAGGAAACAAAGUUAUUCAGCAGUGGAUCUCGUACGAACACCUCAGAUGAGAAAGAGGGCUCUCAUCUUGUUCUACAUCUGGUUUGUGAAUGUGCUGGUGUAUUACGGCCUCUCUCUGGGCGUGUCCAGAUUAGGGACGAACCUCUACCUGACCCAGUUUGUGUUCGGGUUGGUUGAGGUCCCGGCUCGUUCUCUCGUCCUGCUUGUCUUGCCCUGCAGUCGCCGACUCUCCCAAAGCGGAUUUCUAGCUGUCGGAGGGCUCGCCUGUCUGCUGAUGCUCGUUGUCCCUGCAGAUCAUCCCAAUGUCCUGACUGGUCUUGCUAUGGUUGGGAAGUUUGGUAUAACAGCUUCCUUUGCUGUGAUCUACGUGUACACCGCUGAGAUAUUCCCCACUGUGCUCCGGCAAACAGGAAUAGGUGUAUCCUGUAUGUUUGCGAGGGUGGGCGGUGUGUUGGCUCCCGUUAUAAACCUACUUCAUGACCACAGCCCCUCCACUCCUCUGGUCAUCUUCGGGGCCUUCCCGCUGCUGGGUGCUGUCCUGGCCCUGGCACUGCCCGAAACUGCUGACAGACCUCUUCCUGACACAGUGGAGGAGGCUGAGAACUGGGACACGAGGUCGCCUCUCAACAAGGAGAACCCUGAGAUGUCUGAGGAUAUGAGCCAAUCAGCAAGCAGCACGGAGGAGCAAGCGCUGCGACAUCUCGCAAGCCAGGCCUAACUGUGUGAAAAGGGCUGCACACACUAAACAUAGUUACCAGAUAUAGUUCUUAAAGGUGCUACAGUCAGAGCAUUAAUAUCACAGCAAACAACCAUUACCCAUGUAAAAAUGUAGUGGAGUAAUAUCUACCUGAGCCCUCUGUGUGUUAUAAUCAGAGCUUUAUCCUACUUUGUUGACAUAGCCGGGCCGGCUGUGCAUGCUUUCAGUGCAAGUUCGUGCAUGUGAGCGUGCCCCACUGGUUAGUUCAUGGAACUAGAAACUGUCAGCUUUGUCAGCACUUGCGCAUUUGUUUGCACCGUUAACUGCGAGGCGCCGACUCAGCCGUCGCCAUGUUGAGAGAAAUGCUCCCUAUCUCCUAUACAGCACCUUUAAAGGGACAGUUCCUCCCACUGUAGUACAUGUUGAGCAGCUAUGAUUAGGACUUCAUAUAUGUUAGGGCUGAAGGACUCAUUACAUUUCUACAUUUAAUAAAAGCACUAAAAGCAAUACUAGUUUUGUUUAAAAGUGUGCCAUAUCUGUGGACUGUUUGAUGUAUCUUAAUGCUGUAUUGAACAAGCCACGCACAAGUUAACUCUAUGGUGGCUAAUGUAGCCUUUUGUUAGAAUAAUGUAGCUCAUUUGUAGUUUUGUAUGGAUAUUAUGGGAUGCAACUGAUCAGCAUGUGAAGAAAUAUUUGAUUCCAGCAUCGUUUCUAGAAGUCUGUCCCCUUUUAAUAUAUUGAAUUAUACUCGGAUGUAAAAUGACUAACUGAUGACUUGGAUCUGUGAAAUACUUUUUACUUUUAUGUUAAAUGAUAAAGGACUUUUAUUGUAAAUAUAAACUUGUGAUACAUAAAAAAAAACCAGGCAUGGAUCAGAAGCACAUCAUGUAACAUGCAAUGUAACUCAGGCAAAAGGAACUUUAUUCUUUAAAAUCUAUUAUUCAUAUAGUGAAGUUAUUUGAGAGCAGUGUGCUCUGAAUGUAUAAAAUCAUAAAAACAUGUUUUUCAACUGCAUGAAGCUAAACAGCAUACCUCGCUGUUACACAACCGCAUUUCAGUACGUUAGAUGAACAAGAAUCACAAGAUGUCACUGGAACCAGCAGACAGAAAACUUUCCUUUUUCAUUUUUAUUGCAUUACAGUCAUUUAGCAGACGCUUUUAUCCAAAGCGACUUACAAUUGCAUUGAUUCCAUUCCAGUGCAUUUGAAUGCAAUACAUUAUAAAGUAUAAGACAAAGUGGAAAUAUGUCACAAAAUGUACCUUGUGCAACUGAAAUGAAGGCACUGUAGCUAUGUGCCACCAGCAAUAAACUUGUCAAAAUCAUGUUUGAAAAAGCGGACUUGUUCUGUGUACAGUUUCCUCAGGCACCAUCCAACAGCAACAUUUAACACAUUAAUAACACCAAGCAGCACAGUUUGACGUGAUAUCCACGCCUCAGCACAUCCGACAUUAGAUGUCUUUCAUCCUCAGGCACUCACAUAGUGGCAU